GAGAAGGCACACAGUCCCACUGCCAGACCGACGACCGCAGCUCGGGGGACGUGAAAGUGACUAUAGUGACGAGCUCACGCUGAAAGAACGGCUUCAAAGACAAAAAGGAAACCGCAAAACGUUGCACGGGCUGGUGUUAGAGCACAAGGUGGAUCACUGAGGCAGGUUUAAAACUGCAGGACUGCUUUGCUGUGUUUCCUGUUUCUUAAAGUUGGCUUGCACUGUAAAUGCAUUGGAUCCGGUGACAGCUUCGACACAAACACAGUGGCCGCAGUACGAGACGCGACAGACAUGGAGAAUGGCAAGAGCCGCUUGCAGCAGGCCCAGGAGGAUGUAGAGGAGGUGAAGGUCAUCAUGCUGGACAACCUGGAGAAGACUGAUGAGAGAUCUGGCAAACUUAAGGACCUGGAGGAUAGGGCUGAUGAGCUGCUGGAAAAGAGUAAAACUUUUGAGAAGACCGCCAACCAGGUGAAGCAACAGAAAAGAUGGGAGAACAAGAAGAUGAAAGUGGUGUUUAUUGGCAUCGGAGUGGCAGCGGCACUCAUCAUUAUCGGACUUAUAAUCUUUGCCAUUGUUGGUGGUACAUAAGAAUAGUAGCUUGUUUGCUGGUGAAAGGAAAAUAAGAUAUCGGGAAUGAGGGACACGAAAUGGGCAAAGAUAAAAGGUCCAGGAAAAGAGGAGUGCAAACUAUGGGACUCUAGCAUCUCGCCUGAACUGCUCAGUGUGUGAUAAUUCUGUGCUUAGAGAUGUUUAAGGGACUAUCAGCCCCACUCUUCAUUAGUGUAAGUCUUCAGGUGAUAUGGUACCAUUGAUUGCUUGGCUGCUUCACUGUGUUUUUUAUAACUUUUCAAGGGUCACGUCUCUGUUGACCGGCCGGGGCUUUUCUGUGUGGAGUUUGCAUAUUGUCGUUGUGCCUGCGUGGGUUCCAGGUGCUCCGGCCUCCUCCCACAGUCCGAAAACGUGCAGGUUAGGUUAAUUAGCGACUCUAAAUUUCCCAAAGGUAUAGAUGUGAGCCUGAAUGGUUGUCUGUUUCUAUGUGUCAGUCUUUUGAUUGACUGGCGACUUGUGCAGGGUGGGAUUGGCUCCAGCCCCCCUGCAACCCUCUAAAGGAUAAGCGGGUAUAGCUAAUGGAUGGAUGGAUAGAUGGAUGUCUCUGUCGGGCUCAUAUUGGAAGGAUACACAAAUCUUCAUGAAUAUUUGUUAAAAUUAGAUCUAAAUAAAAAAGUGCUCGGACACCAUCCAACCACUUUAAGCUAAUCUAUGAAUUACUAAUAUUUUUAACCAAACAUCAUUAGGCUCCUUAUUUUGUACUAUUUGCUUGUACAUAUCGGUUCAUGUUCAAGAGCACCACUCAGAGGAACAGAAAAUUGUCAUCACUGGACACUGAACUGAAGACAGAAUCCACUUCACAGCCGAUUCAAUCGAUGAUUUGGGGAGAGUCAACUGUCAGUGCAGGAAGACAGAGGAGAAAACAGAACAGAUGCCAGACUUGGUGAAUACAUGCAGCUUCAGAUAGCUUCAAAUUGGGAAGAAUCAACUGAUGUAUUGUCACAUAAAAAAUUUCAUCUGUCAAAAAUGAAAUGUCCCCAAAGUUGUAUGUAUCAUUAAAAUGUGUUUAAAGGUG